AUGUCAUUCUUCGAACAAUACUCCGCGGCUGCAUACUGUCCGAACAACAAUGUGGCCUCAUCCAACACUACUAUUACUUGCACUGCCGGAAACUGCCCUCUUGUUCAAACGGCGCAGGCAGAGUCAUUGCUUGAGUUUCAGAAUGAAGGGCUGGCGGACUCAACAGGAUUCGUUGCCAUUGACCACACGAACCAACUGAUAGUGAUGUCUUUCCGAGGCACCACUUCAUUCUCAAACAUUCUCGCAGACAUCAACUUGGUCAUGGUUCCUUGGACCCUGUGCAAUCUGUGCACCGCGCAUUCUGGCUUCCUUGACUCCUGGCGGACGGUCAAACCACAGAUUCAGGGCGUCCUUGCCAGUGCCAAAGCUAGUUACCCCUCGUACAAUAUUAUCUCCACGGGCCAUAGCCUGGGCGGCGCAGUAGCGACCCUGGCUGCUGCUGACUUGAGAACGUCGGGCUAUAACAUUGCCCUGUACACGUACGGUUCCCCGAUGGUAGGAAACUAUCUUCUAGCGACAUUCAUCACCAAUCAAUCAGGCGGCAAUUACCGCGUGACCCAUGCCGAAGACAUCGUCCCCAAGCUGCCAGGUUACCCAAUCUUCGCUCAUGUUUCGCCCGAAUACUGGAUCACAUCCCCGACCAACGCCGCAGUGACGGUAAAUGAUGUGCAGGUGAGCACCGGCGUGAUUGAUUUGCAAGGUAAUCAGGGGCAGCUCGAUAGCAGCAUUGAGGAUCAUGGUUGGUAUUUCAAUAGUAUUGCAGCGUGUUCUCCAGGACUUGGGUCGGAAUUGGUCAGGUGA